AUGGCUAACAAGAAUUUGAGCAUCAUCAUCCUCAUAGCAACCCUAGUGGCUCAAGCUACUUGGGUUAGAGCAGCAGAGCAUAUAGUUGGAGAUGAUAAAGGUUGGACCGAGGGUGUCGAUUACCAUGCAUGGGCUACGGCUCGAGAAUUCAAGCCGGGAGACAAACUUGUGUUCAAUUACGAUCCAGCAAAAUAUAGGGUAUUAUUCGUAAGUUAUUGCCAAUACAAGUGGUGUAAUACCGAGGGAUCAGUUUUUCCAAUAAAGGAUGAGGCCAUCCUAGGAGUAGCAGGCGACUAUACGUUUAUUUCUAAUCGAGAUGAGUGUUUGAAAGGUAUGAAGCUUCAUGUCCAUGUCAGGCGGCCACCUGGAGAGUGUCCCGGUGGAUGUCCCGGAGGGUGUCCGGGUGGGUGUCCCGGAGGGUGUCCCGGUGGGUGUCCCGGUGGGUGUCCCGGAGGAUGUCCCGGUGGGUGUCCCGGUGGAUGUCCCGGAGGGUGUCCCGGUGGAUGUCCUGGAGGGUGUCCCGGAGGGUGUCCAUGUCCUGCAUAGCCAUACUGUCCUGCAAAGCCAUCAUGUCCUCCAUGAUACAAGCAUAAAACUCUAAGCUUUGAAGAUGGCAUGUCUUGUUUCUUUUUUUAUUUGUUGUUUGUUAAUAAAUGUUAAUAUCUGAUCAAUAAUUAUAUCAUAUGUAUUGGAGAAUAAUGAAUUUAAGAUUUAUCAUGAUCAA